AUCACCAACCACAAGAUAGUCUCAAAUUUGUCAUAUCAUUCAUCAUGCAACUUUAAUGGCGUCCCUCUCUCUCUUUCCCUCUAUUCAUUUCUGGAGGAUGAUGAGCAAAAGUUAAUACGCCAUACCAGAAAGGCCAGCCACCCUCCUUCUUCUUCACUUUUCUCUCUCUUUCCUCCAUUUUCUCUCCCCCUUCUUUUCUCCCAAACGCCCCCAUCCCUUUUUGUUUAACCGUUUCUUUGAUUUCUUCAUCAAUUGGUUUUCAAAUUUGAGAUUCUUGGUGCAUUUGGCGAAGGCAAAUUUAUUAGUUUUGGGUUCGAUUCCGAGAGCUGUGCUGUUUGGAGCCGAAUUGGGGUUUCAGAUCUGUAGAAAGAGUGUGAAUGGGAUCGAGAGAGAUUGAUUUGGAUGUGGGAAUUGAAGAUUGAUAGUUGAUUGAUGGGGAACACAUGUGUAGGACCAAAUCUUGCGGCCAAUGGUUUUUUGCAAUCGGUCUCCGCCGCGGUUUGGCGAACCCGGCCGCCGGAGGACAUGCUUCCGCCUCCCAAUGCCGACGGAAGCAGCAGUGGGGACAAUGCAGGUUCUGAUGGCGCCAAAGGAUCAGAUCCCCCAAUGCCGGUGCAGAGCACGCCGCCUGAAACCGUUAAAAUCACUGCUGAGGUGCAGAAGGCCGAAAAAUCUGAUGGGAAUUCGGGAAAGCAGAAAAAACAGACUCAUAUGAAGCGGCUUUCCAGUGCAGGGCUUCAAAUAGAUUCUGUGUUGCAGAGGAACACUGAGAAUUUGAAGGAGAUCUAUAGUUUGGGCCGAAAGCUGGGGCAGGGGCAAUUUGGAACCACGUACCUUUGCGUGGAGAAGGCGAAUGGGAAAGAGUUUGCAUGUAAAUCGAUUGCCAAGAGGAAGUUGACGACGCGGGAAGAUGUGGAGGAUGUUAGGAGGGAGAUUCAGAUUAUGCACCAUCUGGCAGGGCAUCCCAAUGUGAUAUCAAUUGUGGGUGCUUUUGAGGAUGCAGUGGCUGUUCAUGUUGUUAUGGAGCUUUGUGUAGGUGGGGAGCUUUUUGAUAGGAUUAUUCAGAGGGGGCACUAUACGGAGAGAAAGGCCGCCGACCUUGCAAGGGUUAUAGUUGGUGUUGUGGAAGCAUGCCAUUCCUUAGGUGUUAUGCAUCGGGACUUGAAGCCCGAAAAUUUUCUCUUUAUCAAUCAGGAUGAGGAUUCACCGCUUAAAACAAUAGACUUUGGACUUUCCAUGUUCUUUAGGCCAGGUGAAAUAUUCACUGAGGUGGUUGGCAGUCCCUACUAUGUGGCCCCUGAAGUAUUGCGGAAGCAUUAUGGCCCAGAAUGUGAUGUUUGGAGUGCUGGGGUAAUCAUUUACAUUUUACUAAGUGGGGUUCCCCCAUUCUGGGAUGAAACCGAGCAAGGGAUAUUUGAGCAGGUUUUAAAAGGGGAUCUUGACUUUGUAUCGGAGCCAUGGCCUUCUAUAUCUGAUAGUGCAAAGGAUUUGGUAAGAAAAAUGCUUGUAAGAGACCCAAAAAAGCGUCUGACAGCCCAUGAAGUUCUGUGCCACCCUUGGGUUCAGGUCAAUGGUGUAGCUCCUGAUAAGCCUCUUGAUUCUGCUGUUCUGACUCGAUUGAAGCAAUUCUCUGCCAUGAACAAGCUCAAGAAAAUAGCCAUUAGAGUCAUUGCUGAGAGUUUGUCCGAAGAAGAAAUUGCUGGCUUAAAAGAAAUGUUCAAGAUGAUAGAUGUCGAUAAUAGUGGAAAUAUCACUCUUGAGGAACUAAAAACUGGUUUGGAAAGGGUGGGUGCUGACCUCAAGGAUUCAGAAAUUAUUAGGUUGAUGCAAGCGGCUGAUAUUGACAAUAGUGGCACAAUAGACUAUGGUGAGUUUGUGGCUGCAAUGCUCCAUCUAAACAAGAUCGAGAAGGAGGAUCAUUUGUAUGCAGCUUUUUCAUACUUUGACAAGGAUGGGAGUGGCUAUAUCACCCAAGAUGAGCUCCAACAGGCCUGUGAACAGUUUGGUCUAGAAGCCAUUCACCUAGAAGAUGUUAUUCGUGAAGUUGAUCAGGAUAAUGAUGGGCGCAUUGAUUACAGUGAAUUUGUGGCCAUGAUGCAAGAUAGAGAUUUUGGCAAGAAGGGAUACAAAAUAACCUAACCAUUGGGUUUAGGAAAGCCUUAAAUCACAAUGAAUACUUGAUCCUCGAAUGCCACAAUAGCCGCAUCAUGUAUGAUCUACUUCUACAACUAAAUAGAUUUGGACAUGCAUAUUUCUGUAAUUGUAAAGAUAAGUAGGUUUUGGGGAGGGGAAGAGGGUGUCCUAUCCACUUUAGUUUUUUCAAUUGUAUUUACCACCCAAUUUUUUUGUUGGUUAUUUUGGGUUUUAUUAGGUUGUCAUUUUUAUUUUAUUUUCAAACAUUGUCUGUA